AUGGUGCUGGUUGGGUCAAACGAUAGUGAACAAUUAGAUCUUAUGAGGCAGCUCAUUUGUUCUUACAAGGGGUGUCUGCGGAGAGGAAUGGAAAUCUCUAUGAAGGCAACUAUUUAUUUUUACCGACAAGCUGUUCAGCUUGUUCCAGAUAUUGAGUUUCGAAUCAAAGAUUUUACAAGUUAUAAUUUGGCAUCAGCUAGCGGAGAUGAGGAGGAUGACCCCAAUGUAUCUCAGGAAUCUGAUGACUCACCUGAGUUAGCAGAUUUAGCCAACAGAUUCCUUUCUCUCUCUGUUACUGGAUUUUGCCAGCCACUUUAUGAGACUAGGAUGACCCAUAUCUCAGCCAUCCCACUGGAACUCGUCAUGUAUAUUUUCAAGUGGGUGGUGUCCACAGAGCUUGACAUGAAAUCACUUGAACACUUAGCACUGGUUUGUAAAGGGUUUUAUGCCUGUGCAAGGGAUCCUGAUAUAUGGAAACUGGCUUGUCAGAGGUACAUGCAUGAACAUUGUAGCCUCCUCAAUGGCUGGGAAAAUGAUGCGAUUUAA